AUGUUUUCCCGCCCUUUAGACACGUGGCACUCACACGAUCAGGGGUUCACACCCUUACGAGCAUCACCCGCUGAAUACGCGCGCCCUACAGCCUCAGCACUCCUUGCACGACUCCGCACAACAAUUCGACUGUGUGCCAAUCACCCGCACCCAACCAUGAGGCAGCGAGCAUGCACGGACGGCGACUCAAGUGGGGCCGGCAGUGCCUCACGGAAGGGCGAGGAGCAGCCAGAGUUUCUCGAUACGCAAGAGCAGGAGGCGAUGAUUGCAACUUUUGAAAAGCAACACCGCGAGUCAUUUCGUUUCUGGAAGAUCUGCAUAUCGCUGUUGCUGCUCGCGUAUGCAUCAUUCAUGGUGCAUGGGGUUAUAAACCUCGUGGUCUCUCCCUGGAGCCAGAGGAGGAACGCAGAGCUGCGGCAAAUUCUCGGCUUCACUACCCUUGCUGCUGCUGACGUGGCAUCAGUAGCAGCCUCCGUUUUUAUCCUUGCCUCCCUCUGGCUGCAUGGCACUACACGCCACAUUCUCUUCUCCUCCUCUGCUGCUCUCUCCGCAGCACUCGCAGUCUUCUGGUGCUACACCCUUUCACAGUUGGCAACACCGUUCCGGUGGCGGCUCUUCUGGUUACCCCUCACAAAUGCAGUGUUUGUACUGCUUGCAGUGUACAUCCACCAUUCGUUCAGCAGCGUGGAAAGAGAGAUAGCAAAGCUCCGCGGUCUCAAGUAUGAUCACAAAAGAAACCUCAUCAGUCGUUCCUGCACUCCGUUCAAGCCUUCGCUUCCAUCUGCCUUCCAUUCUCGGUCCUCUCGCGGCUUUUUGCUCACCGCAGCAGCAGCUUUCUCGCAGCAUUCGAUCUCCCAGGUUCUCGCCAUGGCUACGCCGUCGCCUCCCGCGCAGCGCCAGGCGCAGCAGCCCGGCGUGCAACACGAGAUGGAGCCGCAGCCGUCCGUCACUCGCCAGGCGUACAAGCCCGCCGAAAAGCUCAAGGGUAAGAUCGCGCUGAUCACGGGAGGCGAUUCCGGAAUCGGGCGGAGCGUGGCGCACCAUUUCGCGUUGGAGGGAGCGGCUGUGGCGUUCACGUACGUGUCGCCGCGGGAGGACAAGGACGCCCAGGAGACCCUCCGCUUGCUAAGGGAUGCCCAGCGCCCCGAGCACAAGCAGCCGCUCGCCAUCCCCGUGGACCUCGGGCACCAUGACCAGUGCAAGGAGGUGGUGCGGAAGGUAUCGGAGCACUUUGGCGGUAACAUUGACGUGCUGGUGAACAACGCAGCGGAGCAGCACACCCACAAGACCCUCGAGGAGAUCUCCCCUGAGGAGUGGGACCGCACCUUUAAGACCAACAUCCACGCCUACUUCUACAUGGCAAAGUAUGCUCUGCCUCACAUGAAGGAGGGCAGCUGCAUCAUCAACACCACCUCUGUCACUGCCUACAAGGGCAAUCCGUCCCUCCUGCCCUACUCCACCACCAAGGCUGCCAUUGUUGGCCUCACUCGCUCCCUCGCGCUCAUGGUGAUUGACAAGGGCAUCCGCGUGAAUGGUGUGGCGCCUGGGCCUGUCUGGACGCCACUAAUUCCUGCCUCGUUUGAGGAGGAAAAGGUGGAAGGGUUUGGCAAGCAGGUGCCCAUGAAGAGGGUGGCUCAGCCAGAUGAGAUUGCUCCAUCCUAUGUGUUCCUGGCAUGUGAUGAUUCUUCGUACUUCACUGGCCAAGUGCUCCAUCCCAAUGGAGGAGUGAUUGUGAAUGCAUAG